CGACUGGAAACGUGGUCACGUAAGUGCAAUAACUUCCGGCGGAAAAAGAAGCCGGUUCCGAGUUUUGGCCGACCGGUAGCGAGGAGUCUGUUCCGACGCCUCUAUGAAGUUUGCUGAUCAGAGAAGGCCCACUUGUUCAGUGGAUGAUGGCAUUUGGGCAGAUACCAAAAAAGGAUUGGUACAGCAUUCUGGGGGCAAACCCAUCUGCAAGUAUGGCUGACCUAAAACAAAAGUAUCAAAAACUCAUAUUAAUGUAUCAUCCAGACAGACAAAGUGCAGAUGUGCCUGCAGGAACGGUGGAGGAAUGUAUACAGAAGUUCAUCGAAAUUGAUCAGGCAUGGAAAAUUCUAGGGAAUGAAGAGACAAAGAAGGAGUAUGACCUGCAGCGGCAUGAAGAUGACCUAAGAAAUAUGGGACCAGUAGGUGCUCAAGUAUAUCUUGAAGAAAUGUCUUGGAACAAAGAUGAUCAAUCUUACUCUCUGAGUUGCCGUUGUGGUGGAAAAUACAGUGUUUCUAAGGAUGAAGCCGAAGAAGUUACCCUGAUUUCUUGUGAUACAUGUUCACUAAUUAUAGAACUCCUCCAUUGUAGCUGAAAUUAUUCACUAAAUGGAUUCCCUUAACUGUAUAUUCAGACAUGUUGAGGAAAGUCCAUUCCAGCUUUAUACAUUCAAGCAACUGUCUAAAGUUGAUAAAAAAGGAACCUUUUUUUGUCAGCUGUUAUUUGCAAAGAAAAUGUAAGCUUGUCAAGCAAAGUCUAACCCACAUUAAUAGAAAAUUAAUUUAGCUCUUUAUGUUUACUAGUAGCCCUGUGCACGAAUCUGUGCACCAGUAGCUCGCCAGUAGCUUGCUGCCGCCCUCCAGUAGCUC